CAGAGAUUGGCCAGCCCAGAAAGACAACCGAAGUCCCAUAAAUCGGUCCCUUGGCCCAGUUGGUUAAGGCAUCGUGCUAAUAAUGCGGGGAUCAGCAGUUUGAUCCUGCUAGGGACCAUUCUUUUUACAUUCUCUUGACUCUACAUUGUGUUAUUCCCUUUUUCCAUGAUCGUAUCCGGCCAUUAACCGGCAGAGGCAGAUGACAGUACUACCUCCAUGGCUCAUCACGUGCUCAACGGUAAGGGUUAAGUAAUUUUCAGCAUGAAGGCGUAGAUAUACGCAUGAAAAUUACCAUGAUAUUUUUCUUAGCCGCGCGUCAUAGAGAUCAGAUGGCGAAAACAAAGCGCUGAGCAUAUCAACGGACACACCGCCCGCUGCCUCUAGGAUAUACAGCAUUGCUUGAAUACUCCCUUAUUUUUGUCAUUGCCAGUACGCCAUACCUACAAUGUCUUCCUCCGCCAUCCAGCUUCUUAAUCCAAAGGCCGAGUCCUUGAGACGUGCCCAGGCCUUGCAGGUCAACAUAGCCGCCGCCCAGGGGUUGCAGCAAGUUUUGUCUUCCAACUUGGGCCCAAAAGGUACCUUGAAGAUGCUCGUCGACGGUUCCGGUAACAUCAAAUUGACCAAAGACGGUAAGGUGUUGUUGUCCGAGAUGCAGAUCCAGAACCCAACAGCGGUCAUGAUCGCGAGAGCCGCGACCGCCCAGGACGAGAUCACCGGAGACGGCACCACCACCGUGGUCUUGUUGGUGGGCGAGUUGUUGAAACAGGCUGAGAGAUUCAUCAGCGAGGGUGUUCACCCUAGAGUCAUCACCGAUGGGUUCGAGAUUGCCAGAGAAGCCGCGUUAGAGUACUUGAACAACUUUAAGCAGCAGCCCACCUUGGACAGAGAGUUGUUGUUGGCUGUAGCCAGAACCUCUUUGUCCACCAAGGUGGAUGCCGAGUUGGCUGAGGUCUUGACCCCUAUCGUCACCGACGCCGUCUUGGCCGUCAGAGAGCAGGCUGACGACAAACAGUUCGACUUACACAUGAUCGAAAUUAUGCAGAUGCAGCGUGAAACCGCCCAGGACACCGAGUUGGUCAAGGGAUUGGUUCUCGACCACGGUGCCAGACACCCAGACAUGCCCAAGAGAGUCGAAAACGCACACGUUUUGAUUUUGAACGUCUCGUUGGAGUACGAGAAGACCGAAGUCAACUCUGGGUUCUUCUAUUCCUCUGCCGAACAGAGAGAAAAGUUGGUUGCAUCCGAAAGAAAGUUUGUGGACGAAAAGUUGAAGAAGAUCGUGGACUUGAAGAACGAGGUUUGUGGGAUGGACUCUAAUCAGGGCUUUGUUAUCAUCAACCAAAAGGGUAUCGACCCAAUGUCCCUUGAUGUCUUGGCCAAACACAACAUUUUGGCCUUGAGAAGAGCCAAGAGACGUAAUAUGGAGAGAUUGCAGUUGGUUACCGGUGGUGAGGCCCAGAACUCUGUUGACGACUUGACUCCGGCCGUUUUGGGGUUCUCUGGUCUCGUCUACGAAAACACCAUCGGGGAGGACAAGUUCACAUACGUUACAGAAAAUAAGGAGCCAAAGUCCGUCACGGUCUUGAUCAAGGGUGCCACCAGCCAUGUCUUGCAGCAGACCAAAGAUGCCGUCAGAGACGGGUUGAGAGCCGUAGCGAACGUCAUCAAGGACAACUCCGUGUUACCAGGUGGUGGUGCGUUUUUCCUUAGCGUUCACAAUCAUUUAGUCGAGAAUACCGGCAAGCUUGCCAAGGGUAAGACCAAGUCUGGGGUCACAGCUUUCGCCGAAGCCAUGUUAGUUGUUCCAAAGACGUUGGCCGUCAAUGCCGGCUACGAUGCUUUAGACACUAUCAGUUCGUGUCAGGAUGAAUUGGCCGACGAGAGGGUUGUCGGUGUCGACUUGAGAUCCGGUGAACCGAUGGACCCUACCGUUGAAGGUAUCUGGGACUCCUACAGAGUGGUGAGAAACGCCAUUGCAUCAGCUACGGGCAUCUCCUCCAACUUGUUGUUGUGUGACGAGCUUUUGAAAGCUGGUCGUUCUUCCUUGAAGGAAGGUGGCCGUUAAGACAUCUGCUUUGUUUUUUUUGGGGAGCCCUUCCUAGAAAUGCCUGUAUCAUAAUAUAAUAGACACUUUGUUUGUAUCCAUCCUA